AUGGGACUCCCGGACGUGCAUCAAAAAUUAAGUAUAUCCAUCUUAGUUCGUUCAAAACUUCCAAGUUCCGAUAUACCUCCAAAGACGAAUAGGCAAUUUCAGUGUGGAGCUGCAGUCUCUUGUCGAUGGAGGGAUAAAGGAGAGAACAAAAUGAAUGCUGAUGAAGUUGAGGAAAUGUUAGAUCAAUACGAUGAAAAUGAUGAUAUGAGUUUACUGGUCCAAAUGGCACUGAAAUCGGGUUACCCCAUUGCAUCUGUAUCCAAAGGUACCGAGACAAUGAGUAUUAGAUAG